AUGUCACAACUCGACAGUGCUCUGCGCGAUGCUGCAGACAAGAACCACGAACUACUCUCUGAACUUUCUCAGACGGACUUUGCUCCUUCCUCUUUGAAACAAAACACAUCCUACAUUUCCGACCUCAAGUCUCAAAUUGCUGCCACCGACAAGGAACUCAGCAGACUCCAUCAGAUCACAGAAGAUGAGAAAAAGGAUCAUGUCAAGUACCGCGACAGCAAUGUGAAGAGAUGGGCCCACAAACUCGGCGGCCAGAAGGGCAAAGAAAAGUUUACUUCCAAGCAAGAAAAGGAAGAAAAGGAAUUCAUGGAAGCAUGGCAGAAAGAGAGGUCUGCCAAAGAGUCCCGCGACGAGCUCGGCCGCGCCCUCGGAAAAGCGGAGACAGACCGCGUCCACCUGGAAUCUGAAGCCGCCAGACACGAUAGAGCUCAGACGGCGCUCGAUGCUCUCUAUCAGUCUAUUUUCAGUGGCCCAACACCCGAUGUACCUGGCGAAGAUCAAAUGGAGAACAAUGUACAGCAGGCCCGAGGAUUCUUCGGCCAAUGCCAGACGCAAGUCGGCACCGAGCAGAAAGCCCUGGAAGCAAUGCAGCGAGCAGACUACCACAUGAAACUUGCAUAUCGCGAUAUUGGGGACGCUUUAAGGCGCAGCACACGUGACAUGUUUGGGGGCGGAACGUUCACGGAUAUGGCCGAGAGGGAGGCUUUGUCUCACGCGCAGAACAAUAUGCAGCAUGUCAUUCGCCACAUGGAGGAGGCUCGCAGAAAUCAGCCCGCGAUUCACCCCCUGAGUGAGAUCACCAUCGAUCAGGGCCACCUCUUCAGCGACGUACUGUUCGACAACAUAUUCACAGACAUGGCACAGCACGAGCGAAUCCAGCAAUCCGAGCAACAGAUGCAGGCGGCUAUCCACGAUCUUCAAAUUCAACUUGGCGAGCAGCAGAAUCGCAAGCAAGGUGCUGAUGCACAGCUCAGAGACGCGGCCGGCAACCUCGAGAACGCGAGAGAGGAGCUGCAGCGUAUUCGUGCGGAAGCCUUUAAGCACAUUGGCGCCAAUGGCGUUCCUCCACCAGCGUAUCAGUAG